GCCAGCAAUCAACAAGGGAAAGCUCUAGAGUGUAAAUUUAAAGUUUGAGUUUGCAGAAGACAACAAAACAGCUACCCUGCUGCUCUAACAUUCCACAGUUGCUAUUGACACUGCAGCACUACCAACAAGAAUUAAGAGAGGAUUUUAAGAUUGUUUCUGCUGUGAUGAAUACCUUUUACAUUUUCUCCAUUAUUUGCUAUGGACUUUUAUUAUUUAAGGAUAGCAAUGGCUGGACAUACCAUGCAUCAGAGGCAAACAUGAAUUAUGCUGAAGCAGAGAAAUGGUGUAAAACCCAUUUUACAAAUCUGGUUGCUAUUCAGAAUAAAGAGGAAAUUCAUUACUUAAAUGCAACAUUUCCCAGUAAUUCAAAUUAUUACUGGAUUGGUAUCCGAAAAAUUGAGAAUGAAUGGAGAUGGGUUGGAACAAACAAGCAACUGACGGAAGAAGCUAAAAACUGGGCUGAAGGUGAACCAAACAACGGAAAAAAGAAUGAGGACUGUGUUGAGAUCUAUAUAAAACGAACAAAAGAUUCAGGAAAGUGGAAUGAUGAACCAUGUUAUAAAACUAAAAGAGCUUUGUGCUAUAAUGCCUCUUGUACUCCAAAUUCCUGCAGUGGUUGUGGGGACUGUAUAGAGACAAUUAACAAUUACAUCUGCCACUGUAACAAAGGUUUCUAUGGACGUGACUGUGAACAUGUAAUUACUUGCGAUCAACUGGAAGACCCAGAUCAAGGUAUCUUUACAUGCAAACAUCCAAUACAGAAUUUUGGCUUUAACUCUUCUUGUGAUGUUCAGUGCAAGGAAGGUUACAAACCGACUGAGAUGGAAUCAAUAACAUGUACCAAUUCUGGAAAAUGGUCUGCACCAUCUCCAUCCUGUAAAGUUGUGGAAUGUUAUGCACCACAGAAGCCUAUGCAUGGUUUAUUCAACUGCUCCAACCCUUCUGGAAAUUAUGCCUGGAAUUCAUCUUGCAAUUUUUCUUGCGAAGAAGGUUUUGUUUUGAAAGGCCCCGAUAUGCUCCAGUGUGGAGCAUCAGGCAAAUGGGAUGGACAGGAGCCUACAUGUGAAGUGGUGAAAUGUCAAGCAGUGCCUCAGUCAGAAGGAAGCCUUAUGAAUUGUUCCCAUCAUGAUACAGAACUGAAGUAUAAGUCAACCUGUGAUUUUGCUUGUGCAAAGGGUUACACUUUAAGAGGAUCACCCCAGAUUCAGUGCUCAUCAGAUGGGCACUGGAGUCAGCCAAUUCCUGUUUGUGAAGCUGUGCAUUGCAGUGAACUACAACCUCCAGUUAAUGGCUCCAUGAGCUGCUCUGGUCCUUCUGGAAACUCUGCCGGGAAUUCAACCUGCAAGUUUGCUUGUGAAGAAGGAUUUAAACUUAAUGGAUCCAGUGAACUCCAAUGUGAUGUUUCUGGACACUGGGAUGCUUUAGAGCCAGAAUGUGAAGCAGUAAAAUGUGUAGCAGUGCAGCCUCCUGAAAUGGGAAUAGCCAAACAUUCUUCAGAUGACACAAAUCCAAUUUUUAAAUCAGUCUAUGAAUUUACUUGCCUGGAGGGUUACAUGUUGAAAGGAUCAUCCCGCAUUCAUUGUUCAUCAAAUGGUGAAUGGUCUGGUCCAGUUCCUAAAUGUGAAGUUGUGGAAUGUUAUGCACCACAGAAGCCUAUGCAUGGUUUAUUCAACUGCUCCAACCCUUCUGGAAAUUAUGCCUGGAAUUCAUCUUGCAAUUUUUCUUGCGAAGAAGGUUUUGUUUUGAAAGGCCCCAAUAUGUUCCAGUGUGGAGCAUCAGGCAAAUGGGAUGGACAGGAGCCUACAUGUGAAGUGGUGAAAUGUCAAGCAGUGCCUCAGUCAGAAGGAAGCCUUAUGAAUUGUUCCCAUCAUGAUACAGAACUGAAGUAUAAGUCAACCUGUGAUUUUGCUUGUGCAAAGGGUUACACUUUAAGAGGAUCACCCCAGAUUCAGUGCUCAUCAGAUGGGCAUUGGAGUCAGCCAAUUCCUGUUUGUGAAGCUUUUCCAGCACUUGGGAAAUUCUUAGCAAUUGGUAUACCAGUCACUGGGCUUUCGAUCCUAUCAGUGAUAUUGUUCAUUAUCUGGGUCCAAAAGAAUCUUCAAAAAAAAAGAAAAUCAUUCACUCUUACAAGCAGUUUUUCGAGCCUUGAUUCAGAAGGUAGUUUCCAAGCUCAAAUCAUUUAAUCAACCAGUAAAUCUGGACGUCUCUGAAGUGAUAUCCAGCCACACCAGGGAGAAGCCUGUCCAACAGGGAUAAGGGAAGGUUCCUUGAGGACAGUGACUUGAGAAGAAGCAAACUGUCCCACCACAACAAUCCUGUUCCAAUGCUGGCAAAAUAUCAAGGAAGCAUAGAAGACAUCCAAGGGGCAUGGGAUAUGUUCCAGCCUUGUGCUCAGUCCAACUGAGGGUAUAUUCUGUCCUUAGAUAUUUUAGGCUCUGAUAGCUGCCUUCCAUUUCUGUAAAUCUAGAACAAAGAUGAUGGCAAUUUAUUCUCUUUUAUAAAUCAUACUUUUCGCGUAUUGAAAACGGUUAAAGGUGUAGGAGAAAGUGGCAAGAAGGUGACAAGCAUCAGGGAGAAAGCAGAACUACUCAAGUCAAUGGAACUGCAUCUACAUGGAGGGAAGUGUGUAGUGGGGUGCCA